GAGAUAGAAAGAGAGAGAAGGAGAUAAAGGAGAUCACACACAGAGUCGGUCAGACUCAGAUUCAGACCCAGAACCAGUCUCAGACUCAGACUCACUCUGUUCUGUAAAAGAAAUAGAAAAGGGGAAAAAAAAAAAAGAGGAGAAUACUUUUUAGAGAGAGAAAGAAGGAAAGAACCAAGAGUCCUACAGAUGCAGUUCGUCCUCGUUGUCUCGGCUUUUUAAUCUGCUUAUCCUUUUGUGCUGAACGAAUAACGUGGUAAAAAGCAAAGAGGGUAAGAGAGCCAGCGAAUCUUGUGCAACGUAGAAGAUCUUUAAAAGUGCAAUCCCGCUUACGUUAGCCCCACCACCCUCCCCUCCCCAUAACUCUGCCACAAGAUUUUUGUUCCCUCCUUCCCAGGCCAUUCCUACAGAGUACUUCUACUCCCAGCGCCUCCUUCUUCCCUCCGCCGGUGUGUGCACUUUCCUUAUCCUACACCACCUUGGUUCUUCUAUAAAUACCUUCAUUUUGUUCGAAACAUAAUCACACAACAUUUUUAUUCUAAAGCAACAAAACGCACAAGCUAUAUAUAUAGUAGGUAAGCAUAUAUAAAAUGGCUACUACUAGGCUUCUUUUAACGUUUGCUAUAUAUCGACUAAUUGUUACUGUUGGACUGACCGUGGAGCCCACGGAGCUUCUCCGGCUGGGAGUCGACGGUCAACUCAGUGUUGACCCGGCUGACAUGGAGACAGCUUCGCUUGACUUUGGCAUGAUUGCCGAACGGAAGCCGCUAGCCGUUUUCCACCCGGCCUCGGCGGAGGACAUCGCCAGGCUCAUCCGAGCGGCUUAUGGGUCGGCUCGCGGGUUCUUUGUCUCGGAGGGCCACGGGCAUUCCAUAAACGGGCAGGCUCAGGCAACAAAAGGGCUGGUGAUAGAGAUGAGCGGCUUAGGUAGGCAACUAGGGUCGGGAAAGCCGGCCCUUGCUCGGGUCUCGGAGGAAGAGAGUUAUGUGGACGUGUGAGGGGAACUGUGGAUAGACGUGCUAAGGGCAACGCUAGAGCAUGGGCUUGCGCCGAAGUCAUGGACAGAUUACUUGUAUCUGUCAGUGGGUGGAACCCUUUCGAAUGCUGGGAUUAGCGGCCAAGCUUUCAAUCAUGGACCUCAGAUUAGCAAUGUCUACGAGCUUGACGUUGUUACAGGCAAGGGAGAGCUAUUGACAUGUUCGGAAGAGCAAAACUCAGCGCUGUUCCAUGCCGUUCUUGGUGGUCUUGGGCAGUUUGGAAUCAUCACCAGGGCUAGAAUUCCUCUUGAACCUUCACCCCAAAGAGUGAGGUGGAUCCGAGCACUGUAUUCCAAUUUUUCCGCUUUUACCAAGGACCAAGAGUUCCUCAUCUCUUUGCAUGCACACCCUGCUGCCCAGAAAUUCGACUAUGUCGAGGGUUUUGUGAUUGUCGAUGAUGGGCUCAUUAACAACUGGAGAUCCUCUUUCUUCUCUCCUCGCAACCCUGUCAAAAUCACCUCUUUUAAUGCUAAUGGAGGCGUCCUAUAUUGCUUGGAGGUCACCAAGAAUUACGAUGAUUCCAGCGCCACCAGAAUUGAUCAGGAAAUAGAGGCUCUGUUGGAAAAAUUAGAUUUCAUACCAACAUCGGUCUUCACAACGGACCUCCCUUACGUGGAUUUUUUGGACCGGGUCCACAAGAACGAGCUGAAGCUCCGGUCCAAGGGCUUGUGGGAUGUGCCGCACCCAUGGCUCAACCUUUUUGUCCCAAAAUCAAGCAUUGCUGACUUCGACAAGGGUGUGUUCAAGGGCAUUUUGGGAAAUAAGACGAGCGGGCCCAUCCUCAUCUACCCCAUGAACAGAGACAAGUGGGACCAGAGGACGUCGGUGGUGACACCGGACGAGGACGUGUUUUACCUUGUGGCGUUUCUGAGGUCGGCUUUGGACAAUGGAGACGAGACCCAGACGUUGGAGUACUUGACCCAACAGAACCGUCGGAUCCUCAAAUUCUGCGAGGAUGCGGGGAUCAAGAUGAAACAGUACCUGCCCCACCACACCGCACAACAGGACUGGGUGGACCACUUCGGAGAUAAGUGGGACCGGUUUUAUCACAAGAAGCUGGAGUUCGACCCCCGUCGCAUUUUAGCCACUGGCCAGCGUAUUUUUAACCCCUCCUUUACUACUCAACUGGCUUCCUCCUGGUGACGACCAUUAUUUUAUAGUUUAUAUUUUAUUAUUAAAUGAUUGAACAACAAGUAAGUACACACCACUACAACAACAUGAUAGUAGCACUAGUUUUUUUUUUUUUUUUUUUUUUUUUUUU